AUGUUGAACCUGAACCCGACCGUUUCGGAAUCACGGGCAAUCUGCCGCCACAUUGUCGACAAGUUCAAAAACCAGGGGAACAAAGACCUCAUGGGAGAAGGCGUCCUCGAAAGAGCCCUAAUCGAGCAGUGGCUUGAAACAGAGUCUCACAAGUUCGAUCCGCCGAGCUCCGAACUAGUCUUCUUCCUCGCCGUCGCCCCGAGUUUGCCGGAACCCGAGCUCCCUCCGACUUCGGCGAUCGAAGAGAGCAAGAAGAAGCUGGAGAAAGUACUCGAAGUCUACGACCAUAGACUCGCCGACAAUCAGUUCUUGACCGGGAGCAAGUUCACUCUCGCCGACCUCUUCCACCUUCCUAAUACUGAGCAGCUUAUGAGGAUUGACGAGACGCGGAAUCUGUUCGAACGGCAUGGCAAUGUUAGCCGUUGGUGGAAGGACGUUUCGAAGCGGGAGUCGUGGGAAAAGGUUAUUCAGAUUGCGAAGCAACCGCCGCCUAUGGCUUGA